AUGGCACGGUGUUCCCCCGAUGUCAAGCUUUUGUUUGUGCAAGCACUGAAGCAAAGCGGAGAGAUGGUUGCUGUCACUGGAUAUGUCACCGAAGAUGCUCAUGCACUACAUCAGGCCGACAUUGGUCUUGCUAUGGGUAUCCGAGGGACUGAAGUUGCUAAAGAGAGUUCGGAUAUAAUUAUCUUGGAUGACAGUUUUGCUACGUGUGUAAAGGCUUUCAAAUGGGGGCAAUCUGUACAUGCAAAUAUUAUCAAGUUUAUGCAAUUGCAGCUUACAGUCAAUGUUGUAGCACUAACUACCAAUUUCAUGGCGGCAGUUUUCUAUGGUUGUGUCCCAUUAAAUGCUGUUCAGCUUCUCUGGGUGAACCUACUCAUAGUAGCUCUUGUACCACUGUCAUUGGUUACUAAACCUCCAGCAGAUGAACUGAUGCCGGGACUCCUUGUCAAACCCGGACAACCUCCUAAAAGAUAUGUAAAGUGGAAGAGACUGCUUGUUCAGGUCCUGUACCAAAUUGUUGCCAUUCUUAUCAUCAAUUUUCAAGGACGGAGUUUACUGAAAAGUUAUAACCGCGGUCAUGCCAUCAAAGUGAAGAACACAAUGAUAUUUAAUACAUUUGUUGUUUGUCAAAUUAUCCAUCAAAUGGAAGCUCGAAAGAUGGAUAUACUAUCAAAGCCUAAGAUGUGGAUUACUUCAAACUAUCUCUUUAUGGGAAUGGCCGGAACAAUUCUCACAAGUCAGUUCAUCAUCAUUGAGUUUCUAGGGAAAGCGUUCUCCACAGUGGCGCUUAACCAGAAAGAGUGGCAGUUUUCCCUCACUCUUGGGUUUGUCGAGUAA